GUAGAACCCAAGGAACCGCAGUUCGCUAAUUCUUCAACACAAAGUUUGAAGUUUGGUUACACAAGCUCGUUGAAAAGGUAUGGGAUAUUGGAUGUUAGAUGUUGGGUGCAGCGGAAUAUUCUAUUAUGGUGUUACGUGAUUGAAGCUGUAUUUUUUCGACACUAGGAGAUUAACUGUAAUUUCAUCAGACGACUUUACUGCUGCAUGUCAACCUACAGCAGUUUUUUGACAAACCGCGCAUACCGCAAACUUCCUGGGGAAGAGAGGAUCGAUCAUAGUUUGGCCUCACAUAUAACUUACGCUGGUCUUAACCUAUCUGGUAUUGUUGAGCUAACGAAUUAUCGACUAGUAUUCAUAACUUUAUCGGGCGAAUCAGGUCAUGCUCGUGCACCACGUAUAUACCCUGGCUCGGAGAUCAAACGCUUCAUUCUAAAGCUUCCACUGGGAACCAUCCGGAAUGUUGAGCAAAAAUCAUACCAAGGAAAUAUUUCGCUUCAUAUUAACUGCAAGGAUCUGCGAGAGUUAGUGUUUAACUUAGCGGAUUAUGGACGAGCCACGGGGUUUUGUGAGAACCUUAAAGCUUACACAUUUCCUGCUUCUUCUAAAAAGCCUUUGUUCGCAUAUUUAUAUGGUACAAAGUGUAUUGAGAACAGCAUAUUUACAGUAGAUGGUUGGGAUGUUUAUAAUCCAGAAGAGGAGUAUCAUCGCCAGAAUAUCUUCACCAAUGGUUGGAGGAUUACCAAGAUCAACAUAGACUACAGAUUAUGUGAUACGUAUCCAGCUAUUCUUGCUGUUCCUUGGGAAGUAACAGAUGAACUUUUGGUGGCGUGUGCACCUCAUCGAAGUCGUGGUCGUGUACCAGUUCUAAGUUGGCUGCAUCCUGAAAGCAAAGCAAGCUUGACCAGAGCAAGUCAACCUCUUGUCGGUGUCCAAGGUCGCCGUAGCUCUGAUGAUAAAGAACUUGUUCGUCAACUUAGAAUAGCCAAUGCAAAUGCCAAUCAUCUUCUGAUCUUCGAUGCUCGCCCUCAGGUCAACGCAAUAGCCAAUAUCGGUGUCGGUGGAGGCAUUGAAAAUCCAUCCUUUUAUGAAAAUGUUCAAUACAUGUUCUUAAAUAUACAAAAUAUACAUGCUAUGCGUGCAGCACUCACCAAAGUUUUUGAAGCAUGCUUUCCUCUGCCGGAUGAUGCACGCUGGUUAAAACAACUGGCAGAAUCCAAAUGGCUUUAUCAUGUAAAACAAAUUAUCUUUGCUGCAACGAGUGUGGCCGAUAAGAAAAAUAUUUUAAUCACAGUGUAAAUUAUUUACGCACUAAACUGUGACUAUAAAAAUCAAAAUUGACCACAAGAGAAAAGGAAACUGUUUUCUGAAACUAAAGGUCCCACUGGUGCAGCAGAAGUAGAGAUAAAUGAGGAAAAUAGGAGUAUAAAGUCCUAUCAUGUAUGGGGGAGUAGCACUUAGUAACAAAAACAAUCAUUCCAAACCAACCAGUGAAUACUUAAUGAAUGACUGUCAGUCUAGAUAUAGAACCAGUUUGCUAAAUAAUACUAGUCAUAUUUUUAGUUAUUUAUCCAGAUAUCCAUAGUCUUGACAGGUUUUUAGAAGUCAUAUUACUAUUUAUUUUCUGUGAUAGGAGUGUUCACUACUCGGUGCAUGAGAAAGCAACUAUUGGAUAUCAAUCAUCAA